AUGGGAAACGACGGCGACGGUGCCAGUGGCUCCAAGCCAAAUGGUUCCGUCUCGAGGCUCUUACCAUCACUCGAUCGAUUACAGCCAUGGAUGAUACCAAUCGCCGCAUCGGAAAUUAUACCAUCGCCGAUACAUCCUAGAAAAAUUUCAAUAAAUGACCGCCUUUUUGAAAUUCGCACGCCAAGACCCGGCGAAAUGAUAAAAGAAGCGGUUCAGAUGGCUGUUUGGCCAGCCUUACCAAGACUAGCUGCAGAAGAGGCCCGAAGAGAGCAAAAAGCAGAGUCUGGCACAUUCGUCAGGAAGACAACACUUUCAUCCAAUGCACCUGUCAAAGAAAAGGGUCCGUCGUCCCUAUUCAUCUUCGCCGAGGACAACAUCAUUCGUCGAAACGCGAAGGCCAUCAUAGAAUGGGGACCGUUCGAAUACUUCAUCUUAUUGACAAUUAUAGGCAACUGUGUGGUACUAUCCAUGGAGCAACAUCUGCCGAAAAACGACAAAAAGGCACUGUCGGAAUGGCUGGAACGAACCGAACCAUAUUUUAUGGGAAUUUUUUGUUUAGAAUGUGUUUUGAAAGUCAUAGCGUUUGGUUUUGCAUUACAUAAAGGAUCAUAUCUUCGAUCAGGAUGGAAUAUCAUGGAUUUUAUUGUAGUAGUUUCCGGUGUCGUCACCAUGUUACCAUUCUCUCCGGCAACACAGACCGCCAACCAACCGGUGGAUUCUGUCGAUCUUCGAACAUUGCGAGCUGUUCGAGUGCUUCGACCGCUGAAACUGGUUUCUGGAAUUCCAAGUUUGCAAGUUGUCCUCAAGUCGAUCUUGUGUGCUAUGGCACCAUUGUUGCAAAUUGGAUUACUUGUGUUGUUUGCCAUUAUCAUCUUCGCCAUCAUCGGACUGGAAUUUUAUUCGGGUGCAUUUCACAGCGCUUGCUACAACGAACGCGGUGAAAUUGAAAAUGUUUCCGAGAGGCCAAUGCCGUGCACCAACAAAACGUCUCCAAUGGGUGUUUAUAACUGUGAUGUAAAAGGAACGACUUGUUUGCAAAAAUGGAUAGGUCCUAAUUAUGGAAUUACUUCUUUCGACAAUAUCGGAUUUGCUAUGAUAACUGUGUUUCAGUGCAUUACUAUGGAAGGGUGGACCACUGUAAUGUACUACACAAACGAUUCACUUGGAAGCACAUACAACUGGGCUUACUUUAUUCCGCUCAUUGUUCUAGGUUCUUUUUUCAUGCUCAAUCUCGUUCUCGGAGUAUUGUCUGGAGAGUUCGCCAAGGAAAGAGAACGUGUUGAAAAUCGUCGGGAAUUCUUGAAGCUUAGAAGGCAACAACAAAUUGAACGAGAGCUUAACGGAUAUCUAGAAUGGAUUUUAACAGCCGAAGAGGUGAUUCUAAAAGAAGAUCGAACAACUGAAGAAGAAAAAGCAGCGAUCAUGGAAGCCAGACGGCGAGCCGCUAAUAAAAAGUUAAAACAAGCCUCAAAACAGCAGUCUACAGAAACUGAAGAGGACUUUGAGGAGGACGAAGACGAAAUGGAAGAGGAAUACGUCGACGAAGCAGAACGUAAGAAACGAGGAUGUUGCCAUUCAGUUGGAAAAUUCAUCAAACAACUGAGAAUUCAAAUCCGUAUCAUGGUGAAAACCCAAAUCUUCUACUGGUCUGUCAUCACAUUGGUCUUUCUAAACACUUGCUGCGUUGCCAGUGAACACUAUGGCCAACCACAAUGGUUCACGGACUUUCUGAAAUACGCCGAAUUCGUGUUCCUCGGAAUUUUCGUAGUUGAAAUGCUUUUGAAACUUUUCGCAAUGGGAUCAAGAACAUAUUUUGCAUCUAAAUUCAACCGUUUCGACUGUGUGGUCAUCGUUGGAUCAGCUGCUGAAGUAAUUUGGGCUGAAGUGUAUGGAGGAUCAUUCGGUAUUUCGGUGAUGAGAGCGCUGAGACUUCUUCGAAUUUUCAAGCUCACAUCAUACUGGGUGUCACUUCGUAAUUUAGUCAGAUCACUCAUGAACUCCAUGAGGAGUAUUAUUUCACUUCUCUUCCUACUUUUCUUGUUCAUUCUCAUUUUCGCCCUUCUUGGAAUGCAGUUGUUCGGAGGAAGAUUCAACUUUCCAACAAUGCACCCUUACACACACUUUGACACUUUUCCAGUUGCUCUCAUUACAGUAUUCCAAAUCCUUACUGGAGAAGAUUGGAACGAAGUCAUGUAUCUCGCGAUUGAAUCACAAGGAGGUAUCUACAGUGGUGGAUGGCCAUACUCUAUCUACUUUAUUGUUUUAGUACUUUUCGGUAACUACACUUUGUUGAAUGUAUUCUUGGCUAUCGCCGUCGACAACUUAGCCAACGCUCAGGAACUCACUGCAGCUGAAGAAGCAGACGAGAAAGCAAAUGAAAUAGAGGAAGAAUCUGAAGAACUUGACGAACAGUACCAAGAAGGUGAUCAUUGCACCAUUGAUAUGGAGGGAAAAACAGCUGGAGACAUGUGUGCGGUUGCAAGAGCUAUGGAUGAUUUGGACGAAGAAUGCGAAGAAGAAGAGUCACCAUUUGGAGGUCCAAAACCCAUGGUUCCCUACAGUUCUAUGUUCUUUCUCUCGCCAACUAAUCCAUUCCGAGUUCUGAUUCACAGUAUCGUGUGCACCAAAUACUUUGAAAUGAUGGUCAUGACCGUUAUCUGUCUCUCAUCGGUUUCUCUAGCCGCUGAAGAUCCAGUCGAUGAAGAAAAUCCGAGAAACAAAGUCCUACAGUAUAUGGAUUACUGUUUUACUGGAGUUUUUGCAUGUGAAAUGCUUCUAAAGUUGAUUGAUCAAGGUAUUCUUCUACAUCCCGGAUCAUAUUGCCGCGAUUUCUGGAAUAUUCUUGAUGGAAUUGUUGUAACAUGCGCACUUUUCGCAUUUGGUUUUGCAGGUACCGAAGGAAGUGCUGGUAAAAAUUUGAACACAAUCAAAUCGCUGAGGGUACUUCGAGUGCUUCGUCCACUCAAAACAAUCAAAAGAAUUCCAAAGCUCAAGGCUGUAUUCGAUUGUGUUGUUAAUUCAUUGAAGAAUGUAUUCAACAUUCUUAUUGUUUAUUUUCUAUUUCAAUUCAUUUUUGCUGUAAUCGCAGUGCAGCUUUUCAACGGGAAAUUUUUUUUCUGCACUGACAAGAACCGAAAGUUCGCGAACACUUGCCACGGGCAGUUCUUUGUCUACGAUAAUCAGAAUGAUCCACCACGGGUUGAACAACGUGAAUGGCGAUUGAGACCGUUCAACUACGACAACACAAUCAACGCAAUGCUCACAUUAUUCGUUGUAACGACAGGAGAAGGAUGGCCUGGCAUUCGGCAGAACAGUAUGGACACAACGUUCGAAGAUCAGGGUCCAAGUCCAUUUUUUCGGGUUGAAGUGGCUCUAUUCUAUGUGAUGUUUUUCAUCGUCUUUCCAUUUUUCUUCGUCAACAUUUUCGUCGCGUUGAUUAUCAUCACGUUUCAAGAACAAGGAGAAGCAGAGUUAAGCGAAGGAGACUUGGACAAGAACCAAAAACAAUGUAUCGAUUUUGCACUGAAUGCUCGGCCAAGAUCACUAUUCAUGCCGGAAGACAAGAACUCUACAAAGUAUAGAAUAUGGAGGCUGGUUACAUCACCGCCGUUUGAAUACUUUAUCAUGACAAUGAUUUGCUGCAACACGCUCAUUCUGAUGAUGAAGUACUACAAUAAUCCAUUGUUUUAUGAAGAAAUUUUGAGGCUUUUCAAUACCGCAUUAACGGCCGUGUUUACAGUGGAGAGUAUAUUGAAGAUUUUGGCAUUCGGUGUUAGAAAUUACUUUCGUGAUGGUUGGAAUCGUUUCGAUUUCGUCACCGUCGUCGGUUCUAUCACUGAUGCGCUGGUCACAGAGUUCGGAGGUCAUUUUGUGUCGCUUGGAUUUCUUCGACUGUUCCGAGCAGCUCGUCUCAUUCGUCUCCUGCAGCAAGGAUAUACCAUCCGAAUCCUACUCUGGACGUUCGUUCAAAGUUUCAAAGCUCUACCGUAUGUGUGUCUUUUGAUUGGAAUGCUCUUCUUCAUUUACGCAAUUGUUGGAAUGCAAGUAUUCGGGAAUAUCUGGUUGAAUGCUGCCACCGAAAUCAACAGACACAACAAUUUCCAGUCUUUCUUCAACGCAGUUAUUUUACUCUUCCGAUGCGCGACUGGAGAAGGCUGGCAGGAUAUUAUGAUGGCUGCAGUUCAAGGGAAAGAUUGCGCACGAGCCGGCUCUGCUGAAAUAAACUUUGAAAAAGGCCAAACUUGCGGUAGCAACGUUUCAUAUGCCUACUUCACAAGUUUCGUUUUCCUCUCUUCUUUCUUGAUGCUCAAUUUAUUCGUUGCCGUCAUCAUGGAUAAUUUUGACUACCUCACAAGAGAUUCUUCCAUUCUGGGUCCCCAUCAUUUAGACGAGUUUAUCAGAGUCUGGGCAGAUUACGAUCCAGCAGCAACGGGCCGAAUUCACUAUUCCGAAAUGUAUGAGAUGUUAAGAAUUAUGGCACCUCCUGUCGGUUUUGGAAAGAAAUGUCCAUACCGAUUGGCUUAUAAACAUCUAAUCCGAAUGAACAUGCCGGUAGCAGAGGACGGAACUGUGCACUUUACAACUACCCUGUUCGCACUGAUUCGAGAAAGUUUGAGCAUAAAAAUGAGACCGGUGGAAGAGAUGGAUGAAGCUGAUGAGGAAUUAAGAUUGACAUUAAAGAAAAUCUGGCCACUGAAAGCAAAGAAAAACAUGGUUGACUUGGUUGUUCCACCGAAUCACGAACUUUGCUUCCAAAAGCUCACAGUGGGAAAAAUCUACGCAGGACUUUUGAUUCUCGAAAACUAUCGAGCUCGAAAAAGCGGGACGGAGGUCGGUGGACAAGGAUUGUUUGGCGGAGGCUUACGAUCGUUGGUCGCUGCAGCGAAAGCUGCCGAAUCGCAACAUUCUUCCCACACUCCACAACCGCCAGAGGAAACCACUCCGAUAAUUCCACAACAUGCACAGCAGUUCUCGGCAGCACCGACGAUGAGCGCACAAGGAUCCUUGCAACAAAUGCAGGGAACGAGUAGUGGCGGUGGUCAACGUCCCUAUUCACUCUUCAAUAGCUUCGUCGACACUAUCAAAUCUGGAAAACAGGAUGGAGACGUCACAGAUGUGCAAUAUCAAAGUGUUGAUCAGCAGCACGAAAAGAUGAACUCGACUGGCAGGCGUUUGUCGGAUAUGUUCUCGAAAAUUCGACGAGGCACAUCAGCCGACCACAAUCCGCAUCAGAACUAUUCGCACCGCUUUGGUUACAGUCGCAAUAGAGGUUCUCGAUAUGAUGAGACCGAACAUUUGUUGGCUCAAGAUAAUCGAUCUCCAUCGUCACCUAGAUACCGAAGCAUGGCCCGCGCGUCACCGCCGAGUCCUGCUGAACGAUACGGUCAUCCACCCAGAUAUCGCACCGAAUCGCCUCCAUCUUCGAGAUCGGAGUACCAGAUGUCAAUUAGAGACCCGAUAAUUAGGCGUAAUCGCUAUAAUACAAUGGAACACUCGCGAUCUUCCCACGAUCCACAAUAUCAUCAGGAUCAACAACAACAACAACAACCACAUCACCAGCAACACUCACAACAUUUGCAACAUUCACACCACAAAACGUACCAAAAUCAUAAUCAAUAUUCAAGAAGUCCAAUCUAUUCCGAUGAUUCGAGUGUUGCUGAAAGUUAUCGAAGAGAGCGAGAAUUCCGAAGAUAUCAAGACUCCACUCCACAAGAUGUCAGCGAGGACGACGACCCGAUGCCUACGGCGGUCCGAGCGCGCCGAUUACCACUGAUUUCCACAAUGCCCACGCACUACGAGUCGGCCUACCAGCCAUCAUCAUAUAACCAGCAUCUCAAUGAUUCAUAUGGAACCGGGUACCAACGAGAUUAUCACACUAGUCAUUCACACUCGCACCAUCCCACCUCACAACAACAACAACAUCAGCCCAUGUACAGCACGUCACCACUAAUAUCACCGAGAUCGAGUCAUAGCUACUACACGCCGAGGAGCUCGCAAUACUAUGAAAUACCAUCGCCGAGUCCAGAUAUUUAUCCAUCGUAUCGUGGAUCGGCAUCACCUCGCAGGUACCCCACCAGUACCGUCGUAGUGGCUCCAGAUCGAGAAGGUUCGAGCGCUCGCGUCAUUCAAGCUCAGCCUGGCUCGAUACCACUAUCUGACUCGGAAACAGAAGAUGAUCCUCGAUGGGCAAUUGUUUAGCAACCGUUUAACAAAGCCUCUCCUUCCAACACAUUCAGCUUUACCACACAUUGACUCCAUUCUUUCCAGCCAUUCCUGUAAUACCACAAUUCUUGCCUUGCCACCUUGCCGCCUUUCAUCCCCCUUUCUGUCUAUCUCAGCGAUCUGUCUCGAAUAUUUCUCAUUAGUUGCGUUCACUUCUAGCUCACCACUUUCUCGUUGUACUUACUAAGUAAGCAAGUUUCCGAAUGCCAAAAUCGCUCUUUCACACGCACCGAUUUCUCACAAAUUUAUCAUUCAUUCACAGCUCAAUCCGUAUUUGCACCUAGGUUUUUUUCUUGUUGAAUCUUAUUUCCCAUGUCUGCCAAAUUUUUUUUUCAAACAUGACAUUCAGCUUAUGAUAACUAAGAAUCUUAUUUCAAAAUCCAGAGCAUACUUUCGAAAAAGGGUGUUUAAUGUCUUGCACAUCUCUUGACUUUCUUGCUAGUACUCAUUUUAACAAGAACCUGUUUCUGUUUUCUACUAAAUCUUUACAAAACUGAUUAAUUUUUUUUUGCUUUCUCAUUACUUAAAAACCGUUGAAUUUCAGAUGGGUCUUAUAAAAUGUCUUCAUUAUAAACAAAAUUCUACCUUAUGAUGGAUUCCCAUCAAAUCCAGUCGUUUUCAUGUGAUUUUAGCCUUUUUUCUAUUCCUCUUUUCCAAUAUGCAAUAAAAAAU